ACAAUUUUUCCUUCUUCGGCUGCCAGUUUUAGAAAUGAAAAAAGCCAGCCGCACGCAUUAAAAACAUAGGCACUUUGUACCCUUUAAUCACAAUCUCUUUCAAACAACAACAAUGUCUCUCAGCCAUACUAUUCAGAACAAUGAACAAGUCAAUCUUGUCAAAAGCCUCAGAUCUGAAAUUGAAGAAGUAAGAGCUUGCGUCACAAGGCAUAGGCUCGUUUUAUGAAGCAGAGAAAUGUUCAAGUCCUACGAAACGCCAUUGUUUUAAAUGAAAUAUCAAGUUUAGAAUCAGCGACUGAAAGCGAAUUUUUGAGCUUGGACCUCGAUUCGGCUCUCAUGACAAAAUAUGAUGCUAUUGCCGACUAUUUAAAGAUAUCCUCAUUCACACCUGAAAUAAUAGAGGAGAUAUUACAGCAGCACAAAGAAGAAAAGAUAGAAAUUCACAAGAAAAGAAUGUCACUAUGUCAAAAAGUAACAGAUUACGUUCAGACGCUUUUGAAGAUGCUCGAUAUUACCUGGUCUGUUGUAGAAGAGUUUAAACUCAAUCAUGAAGGGCAAGGCCAUCCUACACAUCAGAAAGCCGAACAUCUAUCAUUGGAGAGUCAUUACACAAACUUGGUGGACAAUCUUUUGAUCAAAGCAAAAAUACUACACCUAAACGUGCUGAUACAGAUAUACGAUGAUAAAGAUUUUACAAAUGCACUGCAAACUUUAAGGAAAAUAUUGGAUAAAAGGUUAAAAGAAUCAAAGGAAGCUUUAGAAUAUACUGAAAAUGAACUAGCGAAAUACUACAAAGAAGGGGAAGGCAACGAAGAAUUUGAAACACUUUUAACUGCUUAUUAUCAAUUAGUAAAAAAAAUAAGAUCAGCAGAAGACGAUAUUCAGAUGUUUAAGAAAUACUGAUGUGUAUGGCUGGAUGGAUAACAAUAAAUAAUAGAUACGACAAAAGAAACCCUUUGUUUUUUUCUUAUGAUGAUCAGUAUUUGCCCUGAAUGAACUUGAUGAUCAUAUUGGCUUUUGCUUCUUCAUACUCUUGUAUUAACGUAAUGUUAUUGCAUAGUCUAAGUUUAUUGUAUUGAAGUUAGAAGACACGUCCAUCCAGUUUUUGCGAAAACACAGCAUUCAAACUUACAUUUGUAGAAA